AUGAUUGGAUUUUCAUCUGAUACAGGAAGAAGAUCCAAUGAGACUCAGACCGCAGUUUCAGCAGUUCAACGAGGUCGUCUACCGGUUCAAAUGCCCAAUUUCUUCCCGCCAAACCCAUUUUUGAGGCCUCCGUUCCCUUUUCUACCAGCCCCUUUUAAUCCAAUGAUGCUUCAAUUGUCAAAGCCAUCUGUUAAAGAAUCAAUAUUCGAAUUCGCCGCACAAACCAUCUUCACAACCGUCCAUUGGGCGCGUACCAGUAUGAGUAACCUCUCGAAAUCGGAUCAAUUGAUUCUUCUCCGUCACAGUUGGACACCCAUCUUCGUCUUCGCUCUGGCUCAUUCCAAUUUUGCUCAAAAUUUGGCGAGCCACUUGGCACCCGCCGAAAAUUCUGGAUCCUCGACGUCUUCUGGAUCCAAGUCGGACGACGAGAAGAGUGAGGUGAAAGCGGAAGUCGGAAGUCUUCUAGACGAUGCUCCGUUUCUUGGAUUUCAGGCAAAACUCGACAAAAUCCGCGACUAUCACCUUGAUCCCGUGGAAAUUCAAUCCCUCCGAGCGGUUCUUCUAUUCAGUUGUGAUGAGGAGCCAUUGGAAGACAAGUUGAAGAUUGAUGAGAUUGUGGAGAAAUUGACGUCGGCGGUUGAUGAGUACUGUAAAAUGAAUAAAAGAAAUGAGCGUUACCGUCACCUGUGCGAAUGUCUGCAACUCCUGAAAUCCACUCGAACUCUUCCGAUUUCUCGUCUCUUCUUCUCACGUCUUCUCGGCACGACACCCCUCGAAUCCAUCCUUUCCGACCUCCUCAAUUCCCCACCACCACCACCACCAACGCUACCACUUUUCCCACCAUUUUCUGUAGUUAGAUCUUAA